AUGCUGGAAAUUUACAGUAGUUCCUUUGGAAGCAAUAGCAUAAAAUUAUUGAAUUUCUACCUUUCAUUGCAUUGUCCAGAUUCCGUGGCAUCUGUAAAGCCAUCUCGUCUUCUGCCCACGGUGGAACCAAAAACAUUUCCCAAUAGUGUCCCUGAUGAGAUACUAUCGAAACUCAGAUUGGAAGAAUCUGAUGCCUUUUACAUACUAGAGCUGUGCACAAGUAGAGAACUUAGUUCCUCUUUGCUAGAUAAGAACUCAGCGAUCUUAAUCUGCUUAAUUGAUGUCGAUGGUGACUCCUUGUUACAAAGAGUACCAGCAAUCUAUGGUGACCAACCUUCACAUGGCACCAAGGCAUCACAAUUCCUCCCCUUUCAAAGUGGUUCAGUUGAUAUCAUCACCUUUAAAGGUCCCAAAUUGCAGACAAUCAAAGAAAUCUGGAUCGGCCUUGAAUCAGGUUCAUGGAGAUUAGAUGGUUUAAGUUUGAAAGUGAUCCAUGGAGCACGGAAUACACCUGAAGAUCUUGAGGGAACACUUGGGCUCAAGUUCAGCGGUUUACAGUACACGUUCGACAAGCUCGGUGCGCUGCUUGGUGAGGAUGGAGCUUCAGUAGUGGAAGCAAGGCCAAUUGCUGUGACUGACUUCUCAGGAAUUAGCAUUUCUGAUCUUCAAGAGGGGCAGUUAUCCUCAGCAAGGACAGACUCGAGCAUUAAGGAAUUGAAGGAAGAUGGACUGAGAGAGUAUGCUGAUCUCAAGCAAUCCUUGCUGCUUUACGACAUAUCUAUUGUUAUAACAGGUUUCUCUGCCUUCACUCUGGCUUCGAAUGAUGGAGCCGCCUACUCAUUCCUCGUCGGCGGGAUUGGAGGGUUCCUGUAUCUAUUGCUGCUCCAAAGAUCUGUGGACGGGUUACCGGCAAUUAGUUCUCCUUCAGAAGCGAGCAGUUCAGAGCCCAGUAUGAACUUCAGCGGCGUAAGAAGGCCAUGGUUGAUAUUGUCGAUUGUAAUGGUUGCUGGGGCUGUUGCACUGAAGUACGGUGCUGGUGGUGACAGCUUCGAGCUGACUCCGACUGAGCUAUUUGUUGGCGCCGCAGGGUUCUUGGCGAACAAGGUUGCUGUUCUUCUGGCAGCAUUCAAACCCUUGCAAAGUAAUUUGGAGAGCGACGAUAGAUCUGUGGACUGA